GGGAGGUCCGGCCAGCGCUCCCUGCUGGGGGCGAAGCCUGUGACUCCAUCUCACGGUGACCGAUGUCUCCCUGGGCACAUGCCAGCCAUCGGUGAACUAACGACAACAAGAGCGGAGGCGGGCAUGGGGGAAACAAAGCAGCCCCAGGCCCGGCUUCAGCUUCCACGGACUUCUGGGCCUAGGGAGGGUGGUGGCUUGAGACCCUCCGAAGCUCCUCUGGGUUCGGGCCCUAUUUGCGAGGGCACGAGUGGAAUGGGCUGAAGGUGAAGCUCUAGAGCGGGGACGCUCUUCCUCCCGCAGCUCGGACUUCAUGAUUCUGCCCCUCUUCUAGUUGUAGGUCACACUGACGUGUAUGAAGCGGGUUUGCGGGAGGAGCGUACCCGUCUUCCCUCCUGGGCCACUCGGUCCACUGGGAUCCCACUUCCCGCCCUUCGCCUGGCUCCAUGAUCCCACCCAAGCACUGAAGCUGCCCUCCGCAGGCCGUGGAGACGUGCUGGGACUGAAGCGCGGGUGAAGGAGAGGUCCCCGCCUGUGCUGCAGCGCUGUGCGCCUGGGCAGGGUUCCUACGCAAAACUUUUCCGGCUUCGGGCUUACGACGCGUGCGCUCAAGGUGGUAGCUGAGCCAGAGGAGGAAGCGGGGGCCAGUUGUCCCGAGGGCCCGUGGCCUCUGCCCCCACAGGUGUCACCAAGAGUGACCUACACGCGGAUGAGCCCAUGGCCGGCUGAGGAUGUCACCUUCCUCUACCACCCCUGUGCCCACCCUUGGCUGAAGCUCCAGCUUGCCCUCCUGGCCCACGUUUGUGUGGCCCAGCCCUCACUGGCCCCGGACUCCAGCCUUACUCAGGAGCGGCCCUUGGUGCUGGCAGCAUGUGGGGUGGUGCUGGAGAUGGCAUGGAUAGAGCCAGCCUGGGCUGCCCACUGGCUGAAGAAGCGGUGGCGGCGGCGGAGGAGGCUGAGGAAGGAGAAGGCAUGGUUCUGCUCUGACGGUCUUUCUGGGUCUUCUCCCUUGGUGCCAAGGCCAGGUAGAGGGAGGCUGUGCCGGAGAGGGUGUCUGCAGGCCCCAGCUUUGGCUUUUACCCUGCGGAGCUGGCGGCCCCCAGGUGUGGAGGAGGCAGCUGGAGGGUCCAGGCACCUCUCUCCUGUUGGUGCCAAGAGGCGUGGGCUGCGGGCCGCUCUCGGUCUCCAGCCCACGCCCUCAGCCCCGAGGCUCCCCCCUGCCUCUCCACGGAGCUUGGAGGCCAAGCAGCCCAUGCCGGCAGCCCGGGGUGAGGGGAGUGAUGCCCCAUCUGUGCCCACUCUCCCCUUGAUGCAUGAGGGGCCCAGAGGCAAUGCCAGCUCCAGGAUAGAGGCUCAAGUGCUCAAAGGGCAAAGCAGCCCAGGGGGCUGUACCUGUCCAAGUGAGGCUUCCCCAGCCCCUCGGGCAGCAGUGCCCCCGCGGGUAGCCCGGGGCCCUACCCCGCGCACGGAGGAGGCUGCUUGGGCGGCCAUGGCCUUGACCUUCCUGUUAGUGCUGCUCACUCUGGCCACGCUCUGCACACGGCUGCACCGAAACUUCCGACGGGGGGAUAGCAUCUACUGGGAGCCCACAGCGGACAGCCAGGACACGGUGGCUGCUGUGCUGAAGCGGAGGCUACUGAUGCCCCCGCGCCGGGUCAAGCGCUCCCGCCGGAGACCCCUCCUCCCGCCCACGCCGGACAGCGGCCCGGAUGGGGAUAGCUCCGACUGACUUGACCCGAGCCCUGCCACUUUGGCGGAUUUGGUUUCGCCGCGCCUGGUGAGGCCGCGACCUCUGCCACGUGGACCCUGCGAAGGACCGCCCCCUGGUGGCCAGAUGGAGCAGUCCUGCCUAAGCAUUGCAAACGGGCUUGUUCUUAAGGUGUGGUUGGCUGGUGGCGGCGGGGGUGGGGGAGGGAUGGGCUGUGUUUCUAAUUAAAUUAUUUUGGUAGA